AUAUUAUUAUUUUAAAAUAAAAUGUCAAACGUAGCAAUUGAUGCGUACAAGUGUCUUAACGUUCUUGCCCUCAUAGGGUUCCUUCUUAAUUUUAUCGGCGACUUUGUUAUAUCUCCUUUUUGGUAUGCUGUUAUACCUGGUGUAUUUAAACUUUUACUUUUCCUUGCUCUUUGCGUUGUUGAGUUCACUCAGAUCCCCGUAUACACCAAACACUGGUCCUUCUUGUAUAGUUUCCUUGGUCGAGCUUUGUUUUACAUUGUCUUUUCCAUGAUCUUUAUAUCUAUAACAACAAUUGGAUUUGCUGGUUCUAUUAUUAUCUUAUUCUGUGGUGUGGUCUAUCUUGUCCUUCACUUUGCUCUUCCAGGAAAAGAACCUGCUCACAUGUCUUAUUCCACUUACCUUACAAUUGUUGGAGGCAGCGGUAAUUUGCCCACAGCCAAUGUUAAUGUUCAACAGGUUCAAUUGCAGCAGCAGCAUCUACCUCCUCCAACUGUUAAUGGUCAACAAUAUCCAUUUGUUCAUCAAUCUCCUUUGCCCACUCAUCAAGCUGUCAACCCAUCUCCUUUGCCUGCUCACCAAGUCAUUAGCCAAGUUCCAAGCCCUGCUCCUUAUCAUGAACAACAACAUGUUGCAUCAUCUCCAAUGCAAUCACCAUCUACAUAUGAUAGCCAAGAAAAGGUUGAGGUUUCUCAUUAAUCCCUUUAUAUAUGAAUAGUUGCUUUGAUUUAUCUAUUACUAUUAUUACUAUUUUAAUUACUACUCACACA